AUGAUUUAUGUCCUCUUUUUAUUUGUUUCUGCUUCACAAGCUUUACACCUUAAAAAGAGCUUAGGAGAUAUCUAUCUUUCUCAAAACGAAGUGCAUGAGCUUGCCUUAUCCGACUUCUUUGUUGGCAACAACCUAACAUAUCAAAUUCUGUCAACAAAUUCAGAAAAAGACGAAAUAUAUUUGGAAAAUAAGAUGAAUUUAGAAUUAUUAUCAUUUAGCCCAUACCCUCCUCAACGGAAUCAAAACUUAACCACCUCCCCAAGUCAAAAAUCAUAUACAGUUUUAACUUAUUUCUCCCACCAAAUUUUGUGUGAUUUUUAUGAAAAUAAUAUUUACCUAUAUAAUUUCUCAGAAUGCUCCAACGAUUUUUCGCUUAUUUGGUAUGGAGAGAUAAAAACUGAAUAUAAAUUUUCACAAAUAAAAAGUGUCCUAGGUAUAUGUCAGAGUUUUAAAACUAAAUACCUUCUUCUUAUUCAAUUGCAGCAGCAAGAAAUAAUUGAUGGUAACUCAGUAUGGAGAAAUGAUUUUUAUAUAAUGGAUUUGACCGAUAUUUUAAAAAUUUCAGAACCCCUUUUAAUAAAUUUGAGCGAUUUGACUUAUGCAAAUAAUAUAAUCAUGACUGCACCAGAGAAUAGGCAAAUAGUUAGUAUUUAUGCUGAAUUUCCAGAUAAUAAAAACGCAAUAUUAUUUUAUAAUUUUACAUAGCUAAUUAUAAUGAUUAUGUCCGGGUAUAUUUUUUAAAUAUCAUUUUAAUUUGCAAUUAAAUAAUAGAUACAAGCUUAAUUUAGAAUAAUAUAAAUCCUUAUAAUCCUAUUUGCAUUCAAAAUAUCACUCAAUAUUUUACUACACCCAAAGAAAUUCAGACUCUAUCAGUUAAAAGUAUAUUGGCUUCUCAAAUUCAUUUUUUUGUUCUCGAUUCAAAUAUUGGCCUUAUAAUUUAUUCAUGCAGGUCUCGUAGUCAAUGCAUCGAAAAAUCUUUUAUUGAUCUUCGAUCUGCAGGAGAUAUAAAAUCAAUGUGAUAUCUGUGUGGUCCUUCUAAAAGCAAUGAAGCUAUUAAUAUUAUGACUAAUAAAGGAAAUAUUUUGAUUGCUUUAAUUGGAGAUAUAAAACACUGAGUCCCAGCAUAUAAAAAUAAUGGAUUUGUUUAUAGUCCUACUUUUGCUCAAUAUGUAGAUAAUUUUUAUUUUAUUCAAUAUGGGAUAUCAGACAAGUCGAUUUUUAAUAUUUAUAAAAAUAGCAAUUUUGAGAAUGCGCUAUAUCAGGUUGAUAUAGGAAAAAUGAUUGGAAAAUAUUAUAAUCAAAAUGGUUCUUGGAUGGUAACUCAAAGACCUAUUAGUAAAUUGAUAGCAUACUUUAGGUCUGAUUUUGACGGGAUAAGAGUCUUCGAAUUAAAGAUUAGUCCUUAUUCUCUUAAAGUAAAAGGAAAUUCCAAUUUUAAAGCAGAAAUCAUUGCAUAUGAAAAUAAUAAUGGAAGCUUAAAUUCAGUUUCAAGUAUUAUAAAUGUGAUUUCAAUCCCUGAAAAUGCAAAUGAAAUUUAUUUAUUAAAUGAUUAUAGACCUGCUACAAUUUCACCUAUAAAUGUGCUUGUGGAUAGACAUAAAUCAGAAAUAUUUUUAUAUCCAGUUAAUUAUUUUUCUGGGCCAAACCUAAAUUUCAAAGUAACAACUCCAGAUUCUAAAUUUUUUACCUUUGAGGCAAGUCAAAUUGAAAAGUUAUUCUUUUAAUAUUAGUUUUUAAAAAAAUUAUUUUUCUUUAAAUUAUUUCAUUCAUUCAUUAUAAAACAAAAUAAAAUAUAUCGAUAAUCAAACACUCCCUAACUCCCCCUUUUAAAUUGGAACAAAAAUACUGUUCUAAAUUUAUCCUUACUCCCCCCCCCCCCUCCGUGAGCGAACAAAACCAUUAGAAAAAUCGCCAUUUUUUGACCAAAAACCCACCCUCCGUGAGUGAACAAAAAUUUUUUUAAUAGAAAAAAUUUUAAUGGAAAAAAAUUUUGAUAUAUAAGUGAUAAUUAUUAUCGUGAAAUAUCUAGCUAAUUCUGUUUAAUUUUAAACAAAUUGCGUUUUAAAACAUAAAUUUUGCAAAUUAAAUUAAUAUUUGCUUCCCAAUUUUUGCAAAUUAGGAUUUUUUUAAAUUUCGAAAAAAAUAUUUUUUAUAAAAUUUAUAUAUAAAUUUUUUUUUAAAAAAAAAAUUAACCCCCCUCCGUGAGCGAACAAAAUUUUUUUGUUCGCUCACGGAGGGGGGGGGGGGGGAGUUAAUCAAAUUUUCAAAAAUCAGAAAAAUAGGAAUUGGGUGUUCUUGAAUUUAAAUUAUUUUUAUCAAAAAAUUUAUGCUCAAAUAACAUUGCACUUUUUCCAUAAAAUUAUAUAAAAACUAAUUUUUCUAAAAUUUAAUAUUUACUAUGCAAAAAAAAAUGGUUACAAUUAAAUAGGGUUAAAGUACCAAAAAAAAGAAAUAUUACUAUAUUUUGUUCCAAUUUAAACGGGAAAGGGAAGUAAAGAUAUUGAGAAGGUUGAGAUCAGUAACGACUUAGUAUAUUUUUUUAAAGAUCACAUAGAUGUUAGAUCUUUAAUCAUUAAUGUUACAAAUCCAAUAAAAGUUUUUGAAGAUGGAAGCGGGGCUAUUAUUUAUUGAAAGACAGAAGAAUUUACUCCUAUGAUAACAUAUUAUAGCUAUUCUCAGUUUAUAAUUAUCCAGACAUGGGAGCCAGCAGCUGAGUGCAAAAUUUUUAAAAAGAAAAAGAUGGUUAAUCAAUUGAUAUGCUCUGAUGGAGAAAUAAUAGAUAUUUAUUAUGAAAAUCAAGAACUUUGGGAAAGACGAAUUCUGUUAUCAGGAAACGAUUUCGAAGGGAAUUUUACAUGAAAUUUGAGCGAUAUAGAAAUGUGCUCAUUUGCACCAAAUGAGCAGAUUAAUAAUUAUCUGUAUUUAGCUGACAAAGACAAAGGGCUCCUUGUUAUCGAUCUUUGGGGAUUAUCAAGCUUGCCAUUUCCUUAUUUUAUUUCAGAUAUCUCUUUGACUGGCAUUUUGAAAAUGUUUUCUACCUUAGAAGAUAUUAUUUUUAUUCGAGAAAAUUACUCAAUAAACAUUUUUGCAGGUCCAUUAAGCUAUAAAAGAAAAAUUCAGAUAGAAAAUAGCGGAACUUUUACUAGAGCUGAAAUAUAUAGGAAUAUAAUUCUGUUGCAACUUGAUGAAACAUUAUUUGCUAUUAAUAUAGAUGCCCCAGUGCAGAAUGCCCUCUAUUUUGAAAAGAAAAUUAAGCCUCAAAGUUAUAUUUUAUUAAAUAGUAACUGGAGGCCUGAAAAAACUCUUGAUAAGCAAUUUCUACAUUUAUUUUAUUUAAACUCAACUGAAAAAUAUUAUGAAACUUAUUUGAUGCAUUGUCCAGGUGAAGCACAAGAUCUCUUAAACACAAAGCUUAGUAAUGAGAUAUCAAUUCAAGUUAAAAAUCCUCAAACAUUAGUUAAGCAGAUUUAUUCUGCUGAGAUUACCUUAGCUGCAGAUAAUAGCUUCAAACACUCAAGUAUUAAUUUGCCAUUGAAUUUAAUAGUAAAUGGAGCAUUUGCGUGGUUUGAGCCACAUAAUUGAAAUAUUAAACGAACAGUAAACUAUGAUGAUCAUUAUGAAAUUGACUUAAAUAAUGCAUUUUUUGGUCAAAAUCUGGAUUUUAGCUUAAAUAUUAAUGGGCAAUACAUAAAUAAUUCUCAAUCUAGCACUUUCCCUGCCACUAUUACUCAAAAAAUUGAGAUGAUUGAUUUUUAUAGUUCACAGACUACUUUAUUCCAUCAAGCUUUAAUUCCAAAUACUAGCAUAAGAAUUUUCACAUCAGCUGAAGGAUUUAUUAUUUUAAAUUCCUUAGGUUUCCAAAGAUCUCUUAAUUUUUCAAAUUACUCCUUCAAUAAUCUAAAAUGCAGUUUAAUAGACGUAUUAAAUUUCACAAAAAACAAUACUGCACUUCUUGCGACUUCUUGCACUUCUCAAACUAAUGAUUUUUCAAAUACUGAAGAUAGCCCAUCAAAGAUAAAUUUAUUGGUUUUAUGAGAAUUUGACUAUAUUUCUUCUUCUAUGAACAUAUUUACUUUUUUACAAAUUUCAUAUAAUCCGUGGUAUCUUAAAAUAAUUCCUUUAAAUAAAACAGACUUUGAAAUAAUGACUGUUCAGAAAUAUUCAUAUUAUCAAAUAACGCAGAUGCUACAUUUUCGUGGAAAGUGAACUGCUGAUAGAAUUGAUAUUAAGCAAAUUGGAUCAAUUGAUGCCAUUUCAUUGAAUUUGCCUUCUUUUACCUCUAUAUUUUUUGAUGGAUUUUCUGAAAAUUCAGAAAAUACAGUAUGGUUUAUUCUUGACAACAGCUAUGGGAUAAGAAUUUUGAAAGCAUCAAGCAAAGGCUUAGAAAUCAUAGAUGGAAUUUCUCAUGACCAAACCGGCAAUUAUUUUUCCAUUGGACUGUGUGGUGAUUAUUUAUAUGCAUUAAAAUUAUCUAAUACUUUACAGAAAAUUUUGAUAAAAGACUUAACCAAUUUGAAAAUAAUAGAAACAUUCUAUUAUGAUAAUAAAUACUUACCACAGCACACCCGCAUAUCUUGCUCAGAGGAUGGAAAAUAUAUAAGCUCUAUUCACAACCUUGAUGGUUCUACCCAAAUCCUUAGAAUUUAUGACACAUCUGCAAAAAGUAGCUCUUUUAUUUUAGCAGAUAUAAAAAUAUGCAAUUGUCGCCAAUCUUUAUAUGUGCCAGAAUAUAUUUUUUUGAAUUCGAAUUCCAUUUCAAUUAUUGAAUGCGCUCCUGGGAGAAAUGUUGCAACAUUUAAAAUAAAUCCAAGUGUCCUAAAAAUACCAAAACUGAAUUCAAGUGAAUAUGAAACAAUUAUUGAUGAGUGAGGAACAAAUAGUUUUGAUAUUUUUAUUACUGCAAAAAAUGAUAAUAAUGAGGUCAAUUCUUCAACAGUAAGAAUUGAGAGGGGAAUUGCAGAGAAAUAUAAAGAAAGCCAAAAUAAAGAGAUGUGGUUGAUUUGGCUGAUUGUUGCUACUGCAGUUACGCUGACAGGUGCUAUGAGCUUCAUUUUUAUGAAAAAUUUGAUACUAAAAACGAAGCAUAAAACUUUAGAAAAUCAAGCUUUGGUUUUGAUGACUAUAAAAGAAAAUCAGGUAUAA